AUGUUGCUUGAUACUACUUGCACGCUAUGUGAUGAGUCUCCUAAGUCUGCAAGACAUCUUUUUCUGCAGUGUGAGUAUUAUGGUGGGGCUUAUUUUUCUUCCCCUCUUGGAUUUAGGAUUCCUCCCAAUGUUGAUAUCUUGAAUUGGUUGCUGAUCUGCUUGGACGGGACCGACACCAUGCAAGUUCAACUCAUUUGCACUUUACUUUGGAAGCUAUGGAGCUCUAGGAAUUUUUGGCAUUUUCAACAGAAGUUUAAGGAGCCUCAAUUGAAUGGUCCUUUGGCUCAUGAGAAUUGCUUGGUGGGUGUUGAUAACGAAAUAGUUGAGUUUCAGUCUGAUGCUGGUUGUUUGGGUGACGACACUGUGGCUUUUAGUUGCUUGUUAAAAACUUGGGAUUCAAAGGUAAUUUAUGCUGCCUGUAGGAAAGAGGUUUUGAGAGUUGACUCUGCUAUUGCUGAAAUGCUGGCAAUUAGGUGGAGUCAGGAAUUGGCAAAGGAUUUCCACUAUGAAAAAAUUCUGGUGCAAUCCAAUGUUUCAAUUGUGGUCGACUGUGUUAUGUUUUUAAGUAGACAUUUUAAUGUUGCUUCCCAUAACAUCGUUGGUUUGGAAAGUUGUUAG